AUGGAGGUCACCUCCUCCUCCUCCUCGCCUUCCGCGCCGCCGCCGGGCUCCUCGAAGCCGGCGCUCCGGCUCAACCCCGCGGCCGUCCUCCUCCGCCGCCUGCCGACCCCGACCCCCACCACGGCGACGCCCGUCACCGCGUCAGCGCCCCCCGCGCGGCCCGGCAGCGCGUCCAACCCGCUUGCCGCCUUCCUCUCCUCUCUCAUCCCCUACUGGCGCGAGCGGCAGCGGGGGGCGCCGAAACAGCCGGCCCACCCCGCCGUCUCCGCCGCUGCGGCGCGGAGGGCGGCCGAGCAGGCGGAGGCGGAGGCGCGGCAGCUGGUGGGGUGCGCGGUGCCGCUGUUCCGGCCGUACGUGGCGCAGCUGCCGUGGCACGGCGGCGCGCGGGCGUGGCUGUCGAAGCUGUUCCCGCGCUACGGCCACUACUGCGGGCCCAACUGGUCCAGCGGCAAGGAGGCCGGCUCCGUGCUCUGGGACCGCCGCCCCGUCGACCACCUCGACUUCUGCUGCUACUGCCACGACAUGGCCUACGACACCCACGACCAGGCCCAGCUCCUCCGCGCCGACCUCGCCUUCCUCCGCUGCCUCGAGGGCAGCCGCCGCACGCCCGCGCGCGAUGGCAUCGCCGCCGCAGCCAUCUACCGCGCCAUGUGCAUCUUCGGACUGAAGACGAUCCUGAUCCCGUACCGGACGAACCUCGUGCGGCUGCAGACGGGGCCGAACUACGCGGAUUUCUUCGCCGAUUUUGUGAAGAGGGUCGCGUCGUCGUCGGGCAGGCCGACCGGCGGCGAGAAGCAGAGGCUGUGA